CCCUUUCGCAGCGGCGCCUUUGCCCACCCCGGACCGGGCACUUCUCGGGGUCCGCGACUGCCGCGCGCCCCAGCGCGGCACCGCUGCCUCAGGAGUCGCCUGGGCCGAGCAGUUCCCGGACUUCCUGUCAGGCUUUCACGCCGGCGCUCCCGCAAUCACAGGCUGGAGGGGGUGGGCGUUCCGGCUCCGGAGGACCCUGCCGUGGCCUCGGAAGAACCUCGUCCUGGGCGGCUGUGGUUCGGCGGUCGCCGUGAUGGCUUCGGGGCUGGCCGGCUGACCGCCGGGCUAGGAGAGGGCCCAGCGCCCCGAAUCUCAGUGGCCGCUGCUCGAGCGCGGCCUGCGCCAUGGCCACCUCCGCCGCCUCCUCGGAGCAUUUCGAGAAGCUGCACGAGAUCUUCCGCGGUCUCCAUGAAGACCUACAAGGGGUGCCCGAGCGGCUGCUGGGGACGGCGGGAACCGAAGAGAAGAAGAAGUUGAUGAGGGAUUUUGAUGAAAAACAACAGGAAGCAAAUGAAACGCUGGCAGAGAUGGAGGAGGAGCUACGUUAUGCACCCCUCUCUUUCCGUAACCCCAUGAUGUCUAAGCUUCGAAACUACCGGAAGGACCUUGCCAAACUCCAUCGGGAGGUGAGAAGCACACCUUUGACAGCCACGCCUGGAGGCCGAGGAGAUAUGAAGUAUGGCAUAUAUGCUGUAGAAAAUGAGCAUAUGAAUCGGCUGCAGUCUCAAAGGGCAAUGCUUCUACAAGGCACUGAAAGCCUGAACCGGGCCACCCAAAGUAUUGAACGUUCUCAUCGGAUUGCCACGGAGACUGACCAGAUUGGCUCAGAAAUCAUAGAAGAGCUGGGGGAACAACGAGACCAGUUAGAACGCACAAAGAAUAGACUGGUAAACACAAGUGAAAACUUGAGUAAAAGUCGAAAGAUUCUCCGUUCAAUGUCCAGAAAAGUGACAACCAACAAGCUGCUGCUUUCCAUCAUCAUCUUACUGGAGCUCGCCAUCCUGGGAGGCCUGGUUUACUACAAAUUCUUUCGCAGCCAUUGAACUUCGUAUAGGGACGGGUUUGUGGACCAGAGUUUGACCUUGUGAAUGCAUGAUGUUAGGGAUGUGGAUAGAAUAAGCAUAUUGCUGCUGUGGGCUAACAGUUCAGGGAUGCACUGUGUAGCCAGACUGUGGGAGAAGGGAAGGAAAGAUGGAAAGCCACUUAAAUGUGAAGGAACAGCAACAAGACCAAUAUGAUAUACCAAGGUAAUAAAUGCUGUUUAUGACUUCUUUAAAUUUA